CUGAAUUGUUUUCUUCAAAUUCAAUGUAACAUAGUAUACGAGGUACUAGCACUCAGCAGUGAGUGUCGUGACGUUGUCGGGUUAGUGCGUACGUUUUCGAAUGUUGUUUAUUUUGAUUUGUUUUGUUUAGUUUAUUAUUGUUAUAAUUUUAUCGUCUAAAGCAAAAGCAAAAUAUUAUUAUCAAUCGAAUUACUUAUAAUAUAACUUGUUACUGCGGUUUUAAACUAUUAUAUUGCAUUGAACCGUUGGCCGUUUCGUUGUUAUCGUUGUUAUCUCACUUCGUUUCUGUGACCGUAAGAUACCUGCCCAAUUGCCGAGGAUUAUACCCGCAUCUUUGUUUGAACUUUGAUUCAAUGACUUGUCUGUCAAAACAACAUCGGGAUAAAUAUCACCAUGUAAACGGUGUAUUGUAACUCUUUGGGCACGAACAAACAGCCUACGCCAAAACAUGGUUCGUCGAUGUGUUGGUGGUGACUUGACAGUUUACGCUGUUGCGUUGCUGUUGGUCUUCCAACUGCACUGCACUUCUGUCAGGUCUGAAACCCAGUUGAAAGGAUCCAACGUUUGCACUAGACUAGAAAGUUACAAUGUCACAGUUAUGGUUAACGAACUGAAACCGUAUCAAGUACGAGAAUCGUAUUUUUGUUUGACCGACUUCAAGUUGAAAUGUUCCAGAUACAGGAUUGUUAUGAAGAAUGUCGUCUCGGAAAAGAUUUUGGAAAAAAAACAACCAAUUGAAGAAUGUUGCGAUGGCUUCACUGUUUCUUCGAACGGCACACAUUGCAUUCCCGUUUGCCAGUAUCCCUGCGACCACGGCACGUGUAUUUUCCCCAACAUAUGCAAAUGCGAUGACAACUAUGGCGGGCCCUACUGUAAUAAAACGUGUCCAGCGGGUAAAUUCGGCGAGUUUUGCACUGAGAAUUGUCAAUGUGAAAACGGAUCUCCGUGUGACCCGUACGACGGACACUGCAAAUGUCCAGCUGGAUGGAUUGGAAGGGACUGUUCGGUCAAAUGUCCGCCACACAACUUUGGUGUAGACUGUGCCGAGGAAUGUCCCUGCAAGAACGGUGCCAUUUGCCAUCACGUGACUGGAAAAUGUGAUUGUCCGCCCGGAUUCAGAGGUCCACUAUGCGACCAAAGGUGUCCGUCCGGUCGACACGGGGACGAAUGCCAGAGCGAGUGCAAAUGCCAAAACGGUGGCAUCUGUGACCAUCAGACAGGACAAUGUGUAUGUUCUUCUGGAUGGACGGGUUUAGUGUGUGGAGAAAAAUGCGAAUCCGGUCGAUGGGGAGUGAAUUGCAGCAAGUCUUGUGACUGUUUCAACGAAGGCGCUUGUCAUCACAUUACCGGACAGUGUCAGUGUCUGCCCGGAUACUACGGCGAAAAGUGCAAAGACAUAUGCCCCGAAGGACUGUACGGCCGGGAUUGCAAGCAGGAAUGCAACUGCAAAGGAAACUCUAUGUGCGACCCAAAGACCGGCAAGUGUAUUUGCGACAGAGGCUGGAUGGGAGAAAACUGCUUGCAGAGAACUUGCCCGGACGGUUUGUACGGUGAAAGGUGUGAUAAAACGUGCGAAUGCGUUACCGAAAACACCAACGUAUGUCACCCGUGGACCGGCGUUUGUGAAUGCGCUGCCGGCUGGGAUGGUCCGACUUGCUCGAGGACAUGUCCUUUGUACACUUUUGGCGAGGGGUGUCGCAGGAAGUGCACGUGCAACAACAACGCCCAGUGUCUGCCUAAUAACGGAACUUGUGUGUGUGGACCAGGUUACAAAGGUGCCACUUGUAACAUUACCUGUGCCGAAGGUAUGUACGGAGAGAAUUGCUCCAGCGAGUGCAAGUGCAACAACAAUGCCAAGUGUUCGCCGGAGACAGGUAUGUGCAUUUGUCCGGCCGGAUGGAGGGGACAGCAGUGUGACUUGCCCUGCGAGAAGUCAUACUUCGGAGAGAACUGCAAAAACGAAUGCCAGUGCAAGAACGAUGCUGCGUGCAGUCCAGUUGACGGUUCUUGCACGUGUCAACCGGGAUACUACGGUGACAAGUGCGAUAUGAUGUGCAAGUCGCACACUUACGGCAGGGAUUGCAAGGAAAAUUGCGAAUGUGAUUGGCCAAACACGGAAUCUUGUAAUCCGGUAACUGGCGAGUGUAAAUGCAAAGAAGGCUGGAACGGUGUGAAAUGCGAGACGCUAUGUCCUCGUGGUCUAUUUGGCGACGAAUGCCAGACCGAAUGCGAAUGCCUCAACGACAGUUCUUGCGAUCAAAACAACGGCCGUUGCACGUGUUCUCGCGGUUGGGAAGGGGUCAAGUGCGAUUUACCCUGUAGACCGGGAUCAUAUGGCUUCGGAUGUAAAGAAAAAUGCCCGGAAAGACAGCGUGAAGACUAUCUAGCCUGUGACCACGUGACCGGUGAAUUCAAGUGCCGGCCGGGUUACAUAGGGCCAAUAUGUCAACACGCUUGUCCCACUAAAACAUACGGCCAAGACUGUACGAAGUCGUGCAAUUGUGAGUUCGGCGAUUGUCAUCAUGUCACCGGUGUAUGUCAUUGCUUCCCCGGUUGGAGGGGUUCCAAUUGUACUAGCAUUUGUCCAGAAGGCACGUACGGUAUUAAUUGUGGUCUUAAAUGCAAAUGCCAAAACGGUGCUACAUGCCGAGCCAUCGAUGGCGCUUGUCACUGCAAACCUGGAUUUACCGGACCCGCGUGUUCAGAAAUUUGCCCCGACCAAUACUAUGGCGACCAUUGCAUGAAGAUUUGCAACUGCCCCAGCGACAAGUUCAUAUGCCACGCGGUGGACGGAUGUGUAUGCCGACAGGGGUACACAGGUGAAAAUUGUGACGAACCUGUGAAGGCUCGCAUAGUAGGUCCGUCUGAAACGGAAAAGAGCUCAACCGGAGCGUUUGCCGGAAUGUUUGUCGCGAUUUUGCUGUUGGCAAUUAUUAUCAUGCUGUUCCUUUAUUACCGCAAACGAGUGGCCACGCUCAAGACUGUCAUUGCGCACGUCCAAUACGGCGCAGAUCCUCAUAGUAUAAAUCCUGAUCGAUUCCACUUCGACAAUCCCGUGUAUUCGUUUGGGGCCACCAGUUCUUCGGUGGGCACUGUCGACGAACAUCUGUCGUUGAACAACUGCCAGAUCAGAAACAAUUUCACUAAGCCCAACAAUUUGGGCAACGCCGGUUGUUCUUCUACCAUGAACGACGACAGCGACAGUUACGGUGCACCAUCCACUAGCACGGCCAUUUCAAAAAACAGAGAGGCCGACCUAAACAAUCCCAACAUCUAUAACAGCCUAGACGAUUUGAAAUCCGAGAACUUGUACGACGAGAUCGACGAUAAGAAAUUAGCGGCUGCCGAACAAGAAUAUGACCAUUUGGAUUACCAGCGACCCAACGGCACAUGGAAGCCACAUUACCAAAGAAUGUCGACCAGCCUAAAGGCGGACAGCAAGAAAAAUAUCAACAGCGAACCUUGAAUUUUUCGAAUCUGUUAAUCCAAGGGACUCAUCAAAUUAUAAAUCUUUGUCAUUUCCAGGGUUAAACAUUAUGGUCAUGCGUUGUUUGUGAUUGUAAUGUUAAAGCAAUUUUUUAUAUUUUAUUUUUAUAAGCAAUUUUUAAUCUCAAACGGUUUGCGUUAUUUUUGCUCUAUAAAAUGGAUCAUUAAUCAUUGUAUUAUUAUAGAGAAGCACUGUGAUACUCUUUACUAGUACUGUAUUAACUAUAAACGAUUCCAAAAAAAAAAAAAAAAUGUCUUAACGAAUUCUCAAACCGUGUAACGACUGAAAAUUUUUAAUGAAAAACAAAAUGUAGUUAAUAUUAGUUUUUAGUAGAAAUGACAUUACUUUUUAUACUACUUUUUUUUUUAAAACCCAUCGUUUGUACGUCUAUUAAAUUAGUAUGUCGUUUUUAAUGAUUUGAUAUCAAUAUUUAUUAUUAAUUUUAAUGUACAUUUAACUUAAAAAAAACGUCUUCUAUAAGAUUUAGAUAUAAGUGUAAUUAUAUUAUUCUUCUUGAUCUAUGCACUACGAGUGCAACAGUUUACUGUAUACGUUUUUCCUUUUUGACUACUUCAAAUAUUCUAAAAAUCCAAUUUUGUAUGAUUAUUAUAUCAUCGUUUCUUUUUUUUAAAGGCAAGUGAUUAUUAUUCAUAUCAAUAUAAAAUACGUUUGUACAUUUUGAUUUGAUAUUAUAUUUUGUAUUAAUUUUUAUUUAUUUUAUUUAUACAGUAAUUAUUUACCAUUUUCCUGUGUACUAUGUACAAACAUUUAUUAUAUAUUAUGAUAGUUAAAAAUAUAUUAUUUAAUAAACGAUCGUUUAAUCCAUUUUAUGGACAUUUUAA